AAAAAACAAGUCUUGACUUUUGGCUUAUUCUGUGGUGGUAUGGUCCAUGAAAAGGGUCUUGUUCCACAAGAACGUAACUCGGAUCUUUUCCCUUCUGCUAUAAAUCAUGUCCUCAUCAACGAAUACCAUCCUGACCAAGGGAUAAUGCCGCACCAAGAUGGACCCGCUUAUUUUCCUGUAGUUAUAGACUUUAGUCCGCAUCUAAGAUUAAGAUCAGGCGAUGAUGGCAUUUCGAGAGAUCAAGGUUCGGUUGCUGAGAGUUGUGAGCCUGAGAGAAAUAAUCAUAGCUUAUUCUCUGUCUUGAUGAUGCCUAGAAGCUUACUGAUCUUUAAAAAUGAAGCAUAUUCAGAUUUCCUCCAUGGCAUUAGCGAUAGUCCAACACAAUGCUACAAGCAGGUGCAAUACAAAGCUCUUUUUUAUUUGUAA